AUGGUCUUCAAGGACAAGGACCCCAACGUCUGUUUCACCUCCGUGGCUGAGUUCGACACGCCAGUGCCACGCUUUGUCGUGGGCGGUCUGUCGAAGAACUUCAUGCUACCCGGGUGGCGUCUUGGUUGGGUGCUGCUCGUCGACGCCGCCGGGUGUGCAAAGGAUCUUCUCCGUGCGAUGCACAACAUAAGCAGCAUCGCGUUGGGGCCGAACCACGUGGUACAGGGGGCGCUGCCGGAUAUUCUUGCCAACGCGCCGGAUUCAUACUUCGCGAGGUGCACGGAAGAGCUGAGGGUGAAUGCGGUGGCGCUCGCGGAUGCGAUUCACACGUGCCCCGGUCUCUCGUGUGUGGCUCCGCAGGGGGCAAUGUUUAUCAUGGUCAAGAUUGAUUUAUCACUAUUCCGCGACAUCGGGAACGACGUGGAGUUUUACGAGAAAUUACACGAUGAGGAAAACGUACAGGUGGCGCCCGGAUCCUUCUUCCACAUGCCGAACUACUUCCGCAUCGUCGUGUAUCGACCGAAGAAUGUCACCGAUGAGGCCAUCAGGCGUAUCCGCGACUUCUGCGUUCGGCACCAGAAGACUUGA